CACCUGCAAACAGCCUUCCGAACGCGUCUCCCCGAGACAUCACCUUCAGAAUCGAGAGACAUCUCAGAUUCCCGCAUCAUACCGAACAGUUGGACGAACGCCUGAUCCAAGCGUUCGUAAUUUCUCUAUAAUCGCGGUCGUCCGCUACUCCUCCCUCUUUGGACGGUCAGUACCAUUAUCUCGUCACUAUGGAUAUCAAGCAGAUUGUCAACUCCAAAGGUGGCCAAAAAGGAGCCGCCGCUGUUGCUGCUGCAAAUGGCACAGCGCAGGAUCUUCAUCUGCUUCAUUCGAUUUCACAAGCCAACAGCAUCCCGAUGUCGGACACGGGUUCAGAACGAGGGAACUCACCGCACGACUCAGAGCACUCACGGUACUCUGCUCCUAGAUAUGGACAGAUGGGCGGAAUCAAUGGUGGACCUAAUGCCAUGCGCUACCCAUCUCCAACUGCCAUGCAAAAUCCUCUCCCUAUGUUACAGCAACCUUAUCGAACUGACAGCAGCUUCGAUAAUGGUAUGAUGCAACAAGACACUACCAGACCACCACGUCAACCAGGAGACGCUACUCAGAAAGCUUUCCCUUGUGGCACCUGUGGCAAGGGAUUUGCGAGAAGAAGUGAUCUGGCACGACAUGAACGUAUCCACAGUGGCCACAGACCUCAUGUAUGCGAGCACCCAGGGUGUGGCAAACAGUUCAUUCAACGAUCCGCCUUGACUGUGCACAUGAGAGUACAUACAGGUGAAAAACCUCACAUGUGCGAACGUUGUGGAAAGCCCUUCAGCGACUCAAGUUCCCUUGCAAGACAUCGUCGGAUACACUCAGGAAAGAGACCUUACAAAUGUCCUUAUGCAGACUGUCAAAAGACCUUCACUCGUCGUACCACACUUACUCGCCACCAAAAUCAUCACACUGGAACCGUCGAGGAAGCCGCAGCAGCUACAGCAGCAGCUCUAGCAACACGCGGUGGAGGAAGUAACCGUGGUGGUCGACCAAGAUCUGAUGGCGAGCAAUACUCGAACAAUGGCUCACCAAUGUCUACACCAUCGCCUGGCCAAAGAACUAUGUCUGCCUCACCAAACUCUGAGCUUGCUCCCUUGAACGCAAUGCCCCGCCAUCCAUCCGAGUACCAACCGUACAUGAGCAACAGUCCUUUGCCAGGCCAUCUCCGUACCGAGUACCACAUGCAAAAUCAACCGGCUCAGACCACCGCAACAUUUCCCAAUGGCAUGCGACCAACGUCUCACCCCACGGGCUACGGACCACCUUCGAUUCUCGAACCAACUCCCACCAUGGAGCAGCGUCAGCCUGGUAGUGCAAACGGCAGUCCUCAUAUGAGCACUGUUGGCUGGCAAUCCCCUUCGCAGAACAAUAUGCCAUCGCCUUCGCAAAGCAACGGUUACGUUUAUCCAGACCCCGAUCCGUACGGUUCCGGUGCGAUUGCUCAACAGCAGAUGUACUACCCGAGCUCUAACACUAGACAACAAAACUCUGGUGUAGAUGGUUACGACGUCAAACCUCGAAUCAGCGAAAUGUGGACCGCUGCCCAAUGAAGCACAUACACAACCCUAUGAACCUAGUUCACUCCACUCGACAUUACAACCUCUUUAGCAUCUCCGAUCACUCGUGCGACAACUUUCUUUGCCUCUCUCGACAGAAGUGUUCGAUACCCUGUAUAUUUCUCAUUCUCAAGGAGUUCUGCGGGCAUUGCAGCAUACAUCACAGGGUUACAGCACCUCCAAAAAUUGGCGUUCAUUUUUCUU